AAACUAAAACGUGUUUUUAUUUUCAUUGCCACAAACAUAACCUGAAGUGAUACAAUGGAAUAAAAAUAAAUAUUUUUUAACGCGCAACACUCGCAAAAAUUUAAUUAUUUUUUAUUUUAUUCAUUUAGUACGUUUUGAGGAGUGGUAUUUAAUCAAAUUGAUCACUAAUUUAUGCGACAAAUGCAUUAUACAAAUAGUUUUAAUCUUUGCAAUUUGUUAUCAAAUGCAAGAUACUGGAAAAUGACUCAGUUCUGCAGAUAACAUUAUAUUGUGAACAAGUUAUAAGUAUAGUAUAAAAAUUCAAUGCCUAAAAACCAUACUAAAUUCAAAGCUCCUACUGAUGGUUUAAUUCAAAUGAAUAUAUCUUCAGCUAUUGAAAAUUUGAAACGAAUGAAUGAUAACAAAUGGCGAAAAAAAACAAAAACCAUCACUCCAAUUUCUUCGAAUGAUAGAAACAAGGAGAAUAAUAAUGGGGCCGACAUAGGGGAACCACAACUUGCUUUCAACAUUUGGUCAUCCGAUGAUGAGGAAUUUGAAGAUAAGUCCGGGCAAGAUCCAAAUCAAACUUUCCAUAAAAAAGAAAACCAAUCAACUAUUGCAAAUACUUCCAAUGUAAACAAUACUAGUAUUGAGAAAAAUAUUAACAUUAUUCAGAAUAUAUCUUUACCUUCAAAUGAUUCUAUGAUGGCUAAUACAAAAAAAGCAGUUUCCAGCAAUAUACAACAAAAGGAUCCAAAAAAUAAAGCAAAUAUAUCGAUUCGAAGGACUACUGCAAGUGACAAAGGUCUAAAGUCAGGUUACAGUAAAACAAAUGAAAUCCCAUUAACAUCUGCUAAGAGCCCAGGUCCUCAAUCUCCUAAGAGUCCAAGUUCUCAAUCUCUUAAGACCUCAUCUUCUCUAUCUCCUAAGAAAGAAGAGAAAAAAAUGAAUCCUGAUUUUCUAAAAGUUAUGAAUGGAUUGAUAUCUGAAGUAUUGAACUCGACUCAUUUAUCUUUUAUACUGAGUGAACAAGAAAAAAAAAUUUUUAAAACAAUAAUAACAAGUCGUCAAGAAUAUCAAUAUGUUUGUUAUAAACUUUAUAUGUUAACAUGGAAGUGGCGAAAUCUAUUCAAGUUUUGUGAAGAAAUUAAUUGUCGUUUAAAAGAUAAAGAAAUUAUUGAUUUGUUUCAAUUAAUGGUACAAAACGACAUUAUUGACACGGACUGGAAAAAAGAAGAUGUUACUACUCUGUUGAAUAUAUUACCGCAUUCAGAAGUUAAAGAUAUCUGUUCGAAGAUGGGAAUACUUGGAAAAACGAAAAAAGAUAUGAUGACAAAUUUGAUGCAGCAUUGUAACAAACAAAAGACGUUACCAUUCUGCAAGUCCUCGAAAGAAAUUGUACUGGAAAAGAUAAUGAAAAAAUUGGGAGAAUAUGUUAUGAGGAUUAAGGACACUUACAAAAAUGCUUUUUACAAUAUAUUUGUAUUGGGUACUUUUACAAAUUCGAAGCUCCAAGAUAGAAAUCAAUAUUUCAGAAUCAUACAGGAAUCAGAUUUUCCUGAUUAUACCAUUCAAGAUCACAUUGUGUUUUACACAAGGAAUGAUUUCGAAAAUUAUACCAAAGCAUGCGCAAAUCGAGAAGAAUUUGAAUUGUUAACAGUAUCCAAGGAUAUGGAGAGGAUGUACCAUAUGGGUAAAGACAUUAUCAACAUGUUGAAGAACAUCCUAUCAAAUGACAAUGAUGACGAUAGAUUUCAAGAGGCGCCACAUUUGAAACGAUUUACAGCUGUAGAAGUAUAUAAGAAAUUAUUAACUAAAAUAUGUAAUGCUUUGAAAAAACAUCAUUUCGAAGAUGUACAUGAAUGGCUGAAAUAUUUAAUUGAAACCUUUCCGAAAUCGCAUAGAUUAGCCGAUUGGUAUUAUGAUUUAUCCAUACUUAAUGAAACUAAUUGGAAAAACCCGGAAGGUGCUGCAAAUGUCAUAAUCCAAGUACUCGAAUUGGAAAAAGAAUAUUUGACCGAAACACAAAUUCAACAAUUAGUAGAAAAGGGAAGACAAUUGAAGAAAGCGAAAGGUGUAAGUCAAUUGAAUCAUGAUAUCAUUGUGAAAUUAUUACCCGUCGUAGCCGACUUGGAUGACUUCCCUCAGGUUACAAUCGACGCACCAGCUAUAAGAGGAAAGCCUGGUAGAAAGCGACACUAUCCAGUGCAAAAUAGUGAUGGAAGUAAAGAGUACAAAUCUGUUGAACAAAUAGCUCUAGAAUAUUACGAAAGAUGCGGGUUUCAUAGUGGAGAACACUGUGAAGGAUCCAUUAUCUUGGCUACGUUUACCCUAUUUUUUUGGGACAUCAUCUACAAUCCUGAUAUUGUCGUUCCUGGAACGUUUUUAUCGCGUUACCAACAAUUUCCUUUGGACAUGUAUUCCACUUAUUUUUAUGUACACAGAAAAGAAUUGAUCGAUAAAAGAUUAAGAGAUUUAGCUGAAAAUUGGUCGGAUCAACAUACUCUUGAUUUUGUUACUGAAAAUUGGAUAAAAUAUUCUCACAAAUCUGGAUUGACCAAUGUAGCUAACUAUAUACCAAACAAAGAACGUUUGAACAACAUCGUUUGUUGUAUAGGAAGAAAAUUGUUAUCUGGUAUCUAUCAAAGAUUAGUCAAAGAUCUUGGGCAGUUCAAAAGCGGAAUGCCAGAUUUACUAGUUUGGAAUAAACAUGACGAAAAGGCUAAAUUUAUAGAGGUCAAAGGGGAAAAUGAUAAACUGUCUGUUAAACAAAAGUUGUGGUUAAAAUAUCUGAAAUCAAUUGGUGCAGAUGUUGAAGUUUGUCAUGUACAUACAAUUGGAUCAAAGAAAAAAUUAAAAACGACAAUAAAAAAUCAAUCGAAAAUAAAAAAUGAUGAUGCUAGUUUUUCAAAAUCUUGUAUAAAGUCAACUCCAAGAAAGAAGAAAAGAUGCAAUAGUGAAGAUUCGCUUAGUUAUUUUGAAACUCCUCCUUCAUCUCCGGUUCCUAGGAAGAAAAAAAUUGUGAAAAGGAAAUCGGAAAAUAAUGUGACUCCUUCACCGAAGAAGAUAAUUACAAUUUCAUCUAGAUCUGGUGAAAUUACAAAAAAACAAAUAGUUGCUAUCGAUAGCAGUGUGUUUGAGAAAAUAACGAUAAUGUAAUUCGAAAAAUUUUCAGGUAUUUCUGAAAUUGUGGGGAUUAUGAUGCUCAUAUUGGUCACAAAAUAGCGUUAUUUCAUCCUACAGUUUUAUAUUCUAUAUAUAAAAGCUGACGAUCAGUUGUUUCGAUUUACAAAAAGGUAUUAAACUGCAAAUCAGGUAUAUCGGAGGUCUCAAAUACAUAUCAGAAAGAUAAUAAAUAGCAAGAAAUAUAUUGAAACUGGUCUUAGUAUGUUUUCCACUCUUCAGGAGUUUAAUGGGUAAUACUGAGUUUUUAAACUUUAUAUCAGAUGCAAAAUCUAAUACAGAGUUAUAAGCAUGAGAGGAAUUUUCAGCACUACCAUCAACUUUUCGUCGUAGCUAUUGAUCUGAAACAUAAAAAUCAAGUAUUUUCUUAAUGUUUGAACUAAAAGCAAGAUAAGUACGUGGUGAUUUAAAAAAAUAUCAAAUUUUAACAAAAUGGCGGAAGUUUGAAAAAAUAAUUUUUUUUCUAUUUAAAAAAUUAUGUAAAAUCGGUCGUAAAACAAAAAGUUUUUGAUUUAUUAAUAAGUAGGUCCCUAGAAAAUGAUGUCUGUCAAAGUUUUUUAUUAAUAGAAUUAAAAUUGACAGAAUAAUUGAAGUGGUAGUGUUGAAAAAAAUUUGAAAACGGUUCGACAAGCGUGAUGCAACGGUCAAAAUGACGCUACACCAAUACACUAACUCAAAGACAGUCCCUAAUCUCAAUAGUGCCAUCCAUAGUUAGCCGUGUAUACUAUUUACUGGUAAAAAUAAUUAUUAAGGGAUAUCUACGGCGGGUAAGCAUAUCGGAACGUCGCAUUCUACCGACCGCGCAGUGUGAUACCUAGCGUCUAAUGCUCAUAACUCGAGAAUAUAUUUUUUUUUCGAAAAAUCAUUCGAGCACCAUACCAUUUUAGCUAAAAAGAGGUUAUUUUACAAUGGUGUUACUCCUCAAUACUAAAGCUAAGAGUAGUUUUCUAUUUUUUCUUUGUUUACUUUGAUAAUUCGUUCUGUUCACUACGACUACUUAUUAUAAAUUGAAAUAAACUUCCAAAAGUUCUAGAAAAAUAGACCUUCCUAUAGAUUGUUCGAAAGAAAUAAUGUAAACAAACCGCCUGCUAUAAAAACAAAGAUCAAACGAAUUCCGGGUAUUUCAUCAAAGGCGGCGCAUUCGCCGCAUUUUAGAAUUCUAUUAUAUCCAAACAGGGCGGAGAUGAGUUUGUAAUUAUACUAAAACUGUAUUCACCUGCAAAUUAAUGCAUGUAAUAUUUUCAAUUGAUUUAUUUUUGUCUUAUCAGUUUUUAGGGAGUAUAAUGAAAUACCAGAUGUGGAAUUUGUUCUAGAACAUCUGAAAAUUCAUUUAGUUUCAGGUUUUAAUAUGCAGGCGUUUCAGGUACAUGAUAAUUUUUCUCUUCUCAUCGGUAUUCAACUGAUUUCAAAAUUCUUCUCCACGGGUUGCGAUUUUGUAUUUUUGCGCUUCAAUUUGGUAUUACAUCUCUGAUAUCAUUCACAAAUACCUCCAACUUUUUUUUGUUUUGUCUCCCCCUCUUGUUACUACUUAUGAGGAAGGACAAAAAACUCAUGACACCGUUGGAAACAGUACUACCGGUGAUUCUAAUGCGUUUGAAUUUGAUUGUAUUGUGAUGAAAAACAUGGUAUUCCAUAGAAUAACCUGUAUAUUAAAUUUUUAUUGUUUUAAAGAUUUGAGAAAAAUUAUUUUUAGAGUCAGUUCAUACUUUUCCGGCAACUUUUUACAUUUUGUUUACUAUAAUAUUGAAUAUAUAUUUUAAUGUUUAUAUUUAUAAGGAAUGUGUAUUUGAAUACUUUUAUAUUAUAAUAUUCGUUAACAAUAAAACAUACAAACCUGA